UUGAGUCAACUAAUAGUUUGUUCCUAUUUUAAAAAGUUAAAAUAUUAUUUAAUAAUUGCUAGCAUAUAGUAUUCUUUAGACGCGUUGCGGACGCGGCAACCAUGGUCACCGCGCUGUGGUAUUCGCACGUCCGCUAGUAUUUUGACGGUUGCUUGCUUUUCUCUACUCGGACCACGUGCAUUCGCUCUUCAAAAUGUUUGCGCUAGUUCGAUUUGUGGACGACCACAACAACAAGCGACUGCAUAUCGUUUCUACAAGCAGCAUCGAUGGCUUCUCUCCGACUAGCACGGACGAUUUCGACAAAAAGUCGACCUACAUGGUGUUUCACGAAGACUCUGAAGGCAACGGAGAAAACACGGGGUUUUAUAGUGCCCACGUCCUUCUGCUAGCCGAAACCGAGGAAGAGCUCACGAAAAAAAAGGAGUCGAAGAGGAUCGCUUUUCCUAAAGCAAGAUUAGAGGAAAGCUCCGACGAUGAUGUUCCAAGUAAAAAAAUGCAACAGAAGAAGGUGUCACAGAGGCAAAAACAGCUGCGAACAACCUCGAAGAAUGCUGUGUAUAGCGAAAUAUUGGAAAAGCAUUUACAUCACGCCCACAAAAGCACCAAGGCAGGGCCUUCUGACCGAAUUCAUCGGGCACAGUCAGUCCCAAAAAGGUUGCGGCAGGAGUCAGUCAGUUCAUCAGAUGAAGACGAUUCUUUAUGCUCAGCGACAGAGCUGCGCCAAGCACAAGCAGAGACUCGUGCCUGGAGAACAAAAGCAAGACAGCUUGAAGAGGACAAGAAAUUUUUGAAAGAGCAGGUUUCCUCACUGCAGCGCUGCUUAGAAAGUAAAAUAUUUCAAGCUGAAAAAAGCAGCGAGUGCGAAUAUUUCAGGCGAAAUGAAGUUGAGGAUCUUGCAGAUGCUCAGCAUGAUCUGGUGGAGCAGCACAGUGAAGCUGUGGCUGCGAGCACUGACACGGCAGCAGAUGCCAUUAUGCGGGGAGCAGCCCAUCAAGGUGAAUCACUGCCUUGCACGACAUAUCCUGCCACAAGGUGUGACGCUGGUGUCCUCCAGAAGAGUGCACUACCUGCAGCUUGUCUCAGCACUGCAGCAGCUACCAAGAACAGUUCUGCACAGCGUCCCCCCCCUGGAGCUUGCCAAGUGAGCACAGGACCUGCGGGUCCUGCCAGACCUGCGGGUCCUGCCAGACCUGCGGGUCCUGCCAGACCUGCGGGUCCUGCCGGACCUGAAGCAGUUGCUGCAAAGAGCCCUGCCCCCGUUCCUCCGGCAUUCACACACCUUCCUGAUGGAACUUUUCACCUGACCAAGGGGAUAGUCAUUUCCAGUGGCCAGGCUGCAAAAAUAUUUCGGGGGAAAAAGCCAACAAUUGUUGGUAAAGAAACAGCUCAAGCGAUUUGGACGAACGCCGUACUUGCUACGAGGAGCGUAACUGGAACAACAUGUCCCCAGAAGCGAGCAGCCGGAGAGCCAGCAAAGCCUCCUCUAACACCUGAGAAGAUCGACGUUGUUCAGGCUGCAAUUUCCUUCUGGGGAGACCAGAACAAACAGUCUGCAGCAGCAGCUGCAGUAGUCUGCGACAUAGGGAACUUGCUAAGAGAGAAGUGCCAAGACGCAAGGCGUUCCGAAGAGAGGUUGAAGAAAAAGCUGUAG